CAACCCUACUACUAUGUCUGCAGACCCUAAGUCUUCUUCUUCCACAAUGGAGACUGGUACAACUCUAAUCAAUCCCAUUGAAGGAACACGUCUUCACCUCCCGAUUGUUGGCCACAAACUAAAUGGGAAAGGUCAGUGCGCAUCUUCCUCCAAGGAAAAGGUAAAAAGGGAUAUAUCAUAGGAAAAACUGCACAACCUAAAUAAGGAGAUCACGGUCAUGAAAAAUGGCAGUUGAAAAACAACCUUGUCAUGUCUUAGCUCCUCAACACAAUGACCAAUGACAUCGGAGAAAACUUUAUGUACUAUGACACAUCUAAAGAAAUAUGGCAGUUGUGAAAGAAACUUAUUCCAAUUAUGAUAAUACAUAUGCCAUCUUUGAGAUCAAAAGCAUUCUCCAUGAUCUCAAACAAGGUAAACACUAGGUCACUGAGUAUUUCAACACUCUCAAUAGGUACUGACAGUAGUGAGAUAUUUAUGAAGCUAUUGAAUGGAAAUCUUCAGAUGAUAAGAAACAAUAUAAGGAUUUGGUGAAUAAGGACAAAACCUACAAGUUCUAGUUGAGUCUCAACAAAGACCUUGAUGAAGUAUGUGGAAGGAUCCUUGGCAUGAAACCACUUCCCAAUCUUCGAGAGGUGUGUUCAAAGAUAAACUUGCGAGGGUUGGAUGGCAUUCAAGGCCCUGUUUAUGUUGGUACUGGAUGUGUCUUCAAUAGAACGGCUUUAUAUGGUUAUGAGCCUCCUAUUAAACCCAAGCAUAAAAAGCCUGGAUUUGUUUCUUCGCUUUGCGGUGGAGAUAGAAAGAAGAGCUCGAAAUCUAGCAAUAAGAGCUCUAAAAAGAGAACAAAUUAG